AUGGCGGCCGUUCAGCAACUUUUAUCGAGCCCGAGCCCGAGCCCCGGGCCGACGUCUACAUCAUCAAUGAAGCACUCGACGACUAUGCCUGUCAAGAUGGAUGUCGACCUUCCGAGUCAAGGCCGACUCAUGACCAAUGCAGCCUUUGGUGCAGGUGCACCGCAGAUGGGGGAUUCGCGCAUUGUGGUCAUCGUCUUUGGACCAGGGCAGGACCAGAUUGUGUCAGUCUUUGCAGAGGUGUUAGGAAAGCCAUAUCGACUCAAGACCGGUUUCAAGGACGUCAGCAGCGAGGAGCGCGGUCUGGUGGUGGGCGUCGAGGCGCCAUCAGCGAAGCUGGACAUCGAGUCCAGAGACCAGGGCCUCGUUGUCGCCAUCAACGCCCACUGCGUGAGACUCGGAAUGCCCCCAGACGGGCACUUGUCAAAGCAGUGUGAUUUCGAAUUCUUGUACAACGAUUCACCGUUCGUUCGGAGAGACCUGUCAAGAUUCACGGCAUUCACCCUCGGCCAGAUCAGUCACCACAAGGAACUCAUGGAGAAGCCUCGCACCUACUUUAUCUCAACCACAUUUCCCGACGUGAGGGCAGCCUUGCCGAAUCUGGACAUCUUGACAGUGGGGUCUGAUGCAGUGGAAAUCCGCGUGGACCUGCUGCGCGAAACACUUGGCGAUGGAUCCUACUCGUCGGUUCCAAGUCUCAGCUAUGUCGGCGAACAAGUCAUGUUGCUCAGGCAGAGGACGGAGCUGCCCCUCAUUUUCACCACACGAUGUACGAACGAGAAUGGAAGAUUCCCGAUGGACAACCCCGAUCUCUUCUACGAGUACCUCUACCGCGCCAUUCAGUGGGGCGUGGAGUACAUUGACGUGGAAUUGUGGCUGCCAGAGCAUAUCCGCCGGUCCUUGUAUGAGAAAAGGGGCAAUUCGCGGAUCAUGUCUGCCUUCCAUGAUUUCUCUGGGACAUUCAAGUGGCCUUCACCCUAUGCGCAAACGGUGUUUGAGAGGUCAAUACCGUACGCCGAUAUCAUCAAGAUGAUUGCCAUCAUCACUGAGCACAACGAAAACUUUGAGCUGGAGUACUUCCGUUCCAAGAUGCGCUCGGAAUAUCCCCAUGCACCGCCAUUAUCAGCGGCCAACAUGGGCGAGACAGGUCAGUUCUCGAGGACUUUGAACAAGGUCUUCACCCCGAUCACUCAUCCCUUGCUUCCGAUCAUUGCGGCGCCUGGUCAGAUGAGCACGGCGGAGAUCAACUCGGCACUUGCCUUGCUCGGACAGUUGCCCCGGAAGAACAUUUAUGGCAUUAGCAGCACAGCAUCGCGGAGUGCCACUCCACAGGCACCCUUUUACGAGAAAUGUUUCAAUGAGUUGGGGCUGCCACAUCAAUUCUCCAUUGUCGAGCGACAACCAGGGAGUCCAGCAGGCAUCGACGCCUGGUGCAACCAGAAGCACUUUGGAGGCGCAUACCUCGAUCCAGGUUUCUCGUACCAGUCCUUGAUUAAGCGCAGUCCCUUCUUCGCCAACAUGAACAACGGCAAUGGCCCGGGCCUGACGGAAGCCGCACGUGUAAUUGGCAUCUUUGACACAAUCGUGGUGCGAUCGGGGUCGCAGUCGGCUGCGAGUUCCACACCGACUUCAGCGCCUGCCAGUCCACGUCAAAAGUCUGCCGAUUUGAGGGGUCAUCUCGGCCAGUCUGCGCUACCACCAAACGCCUCCCUCGUACUGGACAAUGCGAGCUGGAAAGGCAUCGUGAGCACGUUGACACGCGACCUGGCUCCGUCUGCCUAUGCUGGGAGGACUGCCGUCGUCCUGGCCGCUUCAUCGGAUGAUGCGGCCGCUACUCUCUUCGCCAUGAAAGCGCUGAGAAUCUCCAAGAUCUACACCGUCGGCUUCAGGACACCAACGGCGCUGGCCCGAAACGCCCCUCCGAUCGAGCAGUUUAUCAGCCUCGAAAGUCUGCAACGAGCGAGGUCGACGACGGAGGAUAGCGCACCUUUCCUCAUCGUGUCUGCUCUGGGUCCCGAGAAGAGCCACCUGGUCGGCAUGUUGAUCAGGAUAUUUGGGGGCGCUGGCAUGACCAACGGUUCAAACACGAGACGUGUCUUUCUGGACCUGGCCGACGGCGCAGUCCGCAAGCGAAGCGAUCCUGGCGCCGUCGCUGAGAAAAGCGGCUUCGCAGCAUAUGGGGCUGCCGAUGUGGCUGCGUUCACUACUGUGGAGAGUCUCCGGCUGCUCAUCGGUCAGAAUGUUCCUUAUAGUUUUGUGAGACUGGCCAGCGGGCGGAUGUUUUGA